CAGAGCACAAGUUGAAAACAAGGAAAGAAUGAAGGCGUCAGUGCUGCAGCCCCUGCUCUCUGGCAUCUCAGCAGAUGAUGUCCAUGAAGACUUGCACAUUGUGGGCUGUUCCGACACGGAUGGCGAGGCCGUUUAUUCUCUGGACGGCGAGGUCCUGUGGUAUGCUGACUUUGCCCGCCGGGCAGCGGUAGAACCUCAGCCUGACUUUAUUCACAUGUGUUACACAAAAUAUGUUUUACAAGGGGCCCUGCUCUUAAUGGCCAACUGCAAAACGAACCUGAACACAACCCGCAACUAUCUGAAGGAUGACCCAUUAGUGUCUGAGGCUCCCUCGGAUGUGAUUGUCUACUCAAGAGAUGAGGUGCUACUCGGAGAGAAGAACACACUUAUCUGUCACGGGACUGGCUUAUAUCCGGCGCCCGUCACAGUACGCUGGGCAAAGAACGGCGAGCACGCGGGCCAAGAGGGCAACACCAGCCCCCCAUUCCCCAACAAAGACGGUUCUUUUCAACAAACAUCCCGACUUGACUUCACCCCCCAAAAGCGAGAUAUAUAUAGCUGCAUAGUGGAGCACAAGGCCCUGGAGGAGCCCAAUACUCACUUCUGGGGAGUGAAGGUGAUGACGCCCGGCAUCGGACCUGCAGUCUUUUGUGGACUUGGACUGACUGUUGGACUUCUCUGUGUGGCCACCGGAACCUUCUUCAUUGUCAAAGGGAACCAAUGCAGCUGAUUGGCUGGAGCUAAUGAUGUCCUCAAACACUGCUGACCUUUCCGCUCACAUAAAAACACAAAAUAAAAAUAUCACCGACAAA